GCAUGGCAGCAGGUGUGUUGUGCUCAGCCUCACCUGCACCACUCACCAGUCUGCAGUCGAGCAUCCGCUGCUGUAAGUGUCUCGCGGCGGACGGAGGACAGACGCUGAGAGAGAGAGAGAGCAUGAGGCAUCUGGUGGCAGCGGCGCUGCUGGUGGUUGCGGCGGCGGCGGGCCUAGGCAGAGGGGAGGUGACGUACGAGGAGAUAGAGGGAGGCUUCACCAUCAGCUUCCAGAAUGAAGUAAUCUUCCGCCACACCACAGACAACCCCAUCUUCUACAUAGGGACAGGAAACGCCAACUUCACUGAGCACCAGGGUAACUUCGACAUCCAGGACGAGACACUGAUCAAGCUGCCCCUCCAAGACUUCACGAAAGUGUCUGUUGAAGUUGACGUCGUUAGCUUGGUCUUCACCACCGCUACGGACCCCGACCUGCUGGUUGAGCUCACCGUGAAGCAAGCGUCGGACAACAGGGUGGACAUCUCCGCCAAAACCAGCACCUUUAGCUACUACAACCGCUUCUGGGUGAGGGUGUGGGCCGAGGAGGCGGAGCAGGUAUGGGGCGCAGGGGAGCAGUACAGCUAUCUGAACCUCCGCGGCCGGGACUACCCCAUCUGGCCCAGGGAACAGGGUGUAGGGCGUGACGGUGGCAUAAUUGCUAACUUGAGUGAUGUGGACGGCGCUGAAGGAGACUAUCACACCACCUACUACCCCAUGUCGUCCUUCCUCUCCUCCAGGGGAUACUCCCUACUCACCCAAACCCCGGAGUACGUGGUGCUCGACUUCACGGAGGCGGCGUAUCAUGAGGUGUUCCUGCACAACUACGAAUUCUACGCCACUCUCUUGCGGGAGCCGACACUGAUGGCCACAGUGCAGGCAGUCACCAUAUACCUGGGCACGCAGCCGCAGCUCCCAGACUGGAUCAUGCGCGGCGCCAUUCUGGGUGUGCAGCGCGGCACUGCUGAGAUGCUGUUCCGGUACCAGGAGGCGAGGGACGCGGGGGUUGACGUCAGCGGCCUGUGGAUCCAGGACUGGUCAGGCUCCAUCCAGACUCUCUUUGGACAUCGCGUAUACUGGAACUGGCGCUGGAACGAAACUUACUAUCCAGACUUGGACUUGGCUAUCACAACCCUGGCGCAGGAGGGCACUCGGGUCCUCGCCUACGCCAACCCACACCUGAUUGAGGGCAGCGACAUGUUUGAGGAGGCCGCCGCGCAUGGGUACCUCAUGACGGACAGCCACGGGGAUGCCUUCAGACAGGACUUUGGCGGGUUUCUGGCAGGCACGGUGGACCUUCUGAGCCCUGACGCCUUCAACUGGUACAAAGAGGAGAUUGAGAAGAACAUGAUCGCGCUGGGUUUUGGCGGUUGGAUGGCUGAUUUCGGAGAGUACACGAGAUACGACAUGUACUCCCGCGCCCCUUACGACGGAGAGAGCCGCCACAUGCUAUUCCCCUGGUUCUGGGCGAUGUGCAACAGGGCGGCUCUGGACAGCUCGGGUACAACAGGUCAGGUGGUGCCCUUCAUGCGGUCUGGGAGUCUGCACGCAUCGGGGUCCCAAGUGUUGGCGUGGGCAGGGGACCAGAAUGUGAACUGGGCCUAUGGUGAUGGUCUGCCUUCCACGGUGAUCGCUGCACACAACCUGGCCAUUAGCGGGAUGGGCGUGACUCACUUUGACAUUGGCGGCUACACCACACAGCCGCCCGUGCUGGUGAGAAGCAAAGAGCUGCUCCUCAGGUCAGCAGAGUACGCCGUCUUCACCCCCGUCAUGAGGACGCACGAAGGUAACAAGCCGGGCAGUAACCACCAGUACUACUCAGACCAGGACACGCUGCAGCAGUUUGCCCGCCUCACACAGAUGCACACUCGCCUGCUGCCUUACGCCCGCCACCUCUCGCAAAACCUGGAAACUAAAGGAACGCCAAUGCAGCGCCCGCUCUUCCUGCAGUUUGAGGAGGACCCGGGCAGCUACGAGGCAGAUUACCAGUACAUGUACGGCCCUGACCUCCUGGUGGCGCCCGUGCUGCAUAAGAAUGUGGAUGAGUGGGAAGUGUACCUGCCUGGCGAAGAGGUGAAAUGGAUACACCUGUGGGGAGACGGCACCGCGGUGACUGGCCCGGCGCGGGUGAAGGUGCCGGCGCCUCUUGGAUACCCGCCAGUCUUCUACAGGAGAGGAUCCGCUUGGGAGUCAAUCUUCCAGGAGAUCGCUGCUGACUUCGGAAACAAUAGGAAGUUGAAGAUCCGCCAUUAGCGCCUUUAUGAUUCCUGCAUGACCCCUGGCACUGUGAAUGGGCGGUGCGGAGUGUUCCGAAAUGCUGGUCAAGUGACGGCGGUGAUCAUGGAGCGAGUGCCGCCGUGAGCCAUCGUGAGCCAGUGUUUCCAGCCACGUCUUCCUUCCUUCACCAGACAGGCACCGCCAACACCGAGGCCAUGAAAUUGAUACUGUUUUGCUCUCGCUCUUCUCUCAGUUCUUCUCAGCAAAAGGAUAUUAUCAAGAUCAAAUUAUCCUGUCCAGCUGUCCUCACACCACUACCGCCAGCAGUAGCAGUAGCAGCAGCAGCAGCAGGAGGCGUCAACAUCAGUGCAGUGAGUGAAGUAAUCCCGGCGUCCUCACCUUCCCAGCGCUAACUGCUCGUAAUGGCUGAGGGAAGAGAACUGGUGCAGAUACAUUCAUUAGUUAAGAAGUUUGUCUUUAUGAAGAAAAAUGAGAAUUCUCGCCACGGUAAGUUGGCGAGGCGUUUAGCGGAGAAGGGCGGAAGCAACACUACAGCACCACGCCUGAGCCUCGUCCCUUGAGUCUGCCGCCACAGGGACCCCAAGCACCACACAAUCCGGAGUCUAGGAAGAGGAAUAAAAGCUAUUGAGACCCUC